AUGGCAGACGACAAUAAAGAUUGGGAGCUGGAGCAGGGUAUCCCACAGUUCGAGGACCCCUUCAUCCAGCAGUACCUCAAAGGCCGCAACGCUCUUAUUGAGGAGGAACACAAAAGACGUCAUGACGCUGCUUUUCGCAAAUCGCUCUCCCCUAUUGCCGCGCGCGCGUGCAGUAUUGUCUCGCAGAUUCGCGCUCGCGAGCGGGAGCAAAUAUGGACCCAAGGUUUGGAUGAAGCUACAGCUCAUGAGUCCGAUGAAAUCUUGUACCCGGGGGUCAUGUUUCACAAUGCUAAAGGACGGAUGGAAAAGACAAACUUGUGGAAAAUUGUUUCGAAGAUGCCCAAGGGAUCCUUGCUUCAUGCUCACCUCGAUGCCAUGUAUGAUCCGGACUUCUUAAUUGAGCAAGCCUUCAAUACUCCGGGUAUGCACAUUUCCGCGCCUCAAGCCCUGGUCACCCCAGAAGACUAUGGAAGUGCUCCUUUUGCGUUGCAAUUCUCAUCUCGUUCGCCAAACGAGCCUGUCACAACCUCUCUCUGGGAAGAUAAUUACGAGCCAGCAGCUCUGAUUCCACUCCAGACAGCAGCUUCCUCUUUCCCUAAGGGGGGAGAGCCGGAUUCCGGGAAUGGGUGA